CUAGCUCUCGAAAACUCGAGCAACAAUGAUGUCAUCGGCGCUAGGAAAGUACAAGCUACUGCUGCAGUAACAAAUAAUCAUGUAGCUAAGUGCUAUUACUGUGGCGUUGCUGCCCCAGCUUGAGGACCAGCACAAUGAGCUCAGCGAUCCCGCGACACCCCGACUCGUUCACACGCAGUUUGGUUAUUUGGUUGCAGGAAAAGUCCCCGUACAGUCUCCCCAUGAACUUCAGAGUACCCCUGUUUCUUUGUUUUGUCAAGAAUGUAAAACAGACUUAAAUUCUAAUGUUAUUCAGUUCUGGAAAUCUGAGGCUGUACCAGAAAUAUAUCCUGAGCACCCCACGUCUGAACAAAAAUAUUGUGAGGAAUAUUUUAAUGAAACGGUUCAACUUGUUGACAAUAAAUUUGAAGUCUCAAUGCCUUUAAAGAUUCCAAUUUACGAUGUAAACAAUACUUUAGGGAAUUCUCUAGUUCUCGCUAUGCGCAGAUUUUUGAAUUUAGAGAAAAGGCUCCAUAAAGAUGAAGCUUUGUUCAAAGAAUAUCAAAGUUUUAUUCAUGAAUACAUAGACCUUGGCCAUGCCAGCUAUGUCGAUAUUUCUAGUUACGAUUUUAACAAAGAUGCGGUAUACUUUAUGCCACAUCACCCUGUCAUACGUGAAAAUGCAGUUAGUACUCGUUUACGUACAGUAUUUGACGAAUCUAUGAAAACAACAAAUAAAAUUUCUCUGAAUGAUAUUAUGUUGAAUGGCCCUGUGGUCCAAAACGAAUUAUUCGACACUCUAUUGUUGUUCAGACUAAAUAAAUAUUUUUUCGCUUGCGAUAUUAGGCGUAUGUUUAGAAAUGUUUUAAUAGAAAAAAGUCAGAGGUCACUCCAAAAUAUAUUAUGGAGAGAUGACCCCCAUGAAUCCAUAAAAUGUUUACAAUUAAACACUAUUACUUAUGGCUUAAAAAACUCAUCUUUUUUAGCAACAAGGUGCUUAAAUGAGUUAGCUUAUAGAUCUAAAAAUGAAUAUCCUUUGGCUGUCCCAGUAAUUCUAAAUGCAACAUAUGUUGAUGACAUAUUGUAUACUCAUAAUGAUUUAAAUGUAAUAAUAGAAACAAAAAGUCAACUUUCACAAUUGUUAUCUAAAGGUAGUUUCUUCUUGCAUAAAUGGUCAGCCAACGAUUCCAGUAUUUUACAGGAUAUUCCGAAGGAACAGAGGUAUUCUGGAGAAAUUAACAUGCAAAAAGAUGUUAAAACGUUAGGGUUGAAUUUUGACGUCAAUUCAGACACUUUUAAAUUUUCCCCCCCGCCUAAGCAAUCUGUCAAGACCAAAAGAGAAAUCUUAAGUUUUAUCAGUAAAUUUUAUGACCCUCUUGGACUGAUUGGACCAAUCUUUGUGCAAGCCAAACAUAUUAUGCAAAAGCUAUGGCUGUCCAAAACAGACUGGGAUUCUAUUCCUCCGCCAGAAUUAAAUAAUAAAUGGCAAUCACUUUAUAAUGACUUAACUAACAUGUCAAGUAUUCAUAUUGAAAGGAAUACAAUGUGUAAAAGUGAACAUCAAACAUUUCAAUUAAUAGGAUUUUCAGACGCAUCCAAUGUGGCAUAUGGUUGUGCAAUUUAUGUGAGAACUAUUGACAUGCAAGGUAAAGUUCAAAUGUCACUAUUAUGCUCUAAGUCACGCAUAAAUCCCAUUGCACCUAAACAGUUAACCAUCCCACGUUUAGAAUUAAACGCUGCGCUUUUACUUGCCAAGUUAGCUUCAAAAGUAUACAAUACUAUUAGUCAGAAACAGAUAGUAAAUGAAGUUCACCUUUACACAGAUUCACAAGUCGUAUUGGCGUGGUUGAAGACCGAUCCAAUCAAAUUAAAAUCUUAUAUUGCGAAUAGAACAAAAUUAAUUACUGAAUGUACUAAUAACUUUAAUUGGUCCUAUAUACAGACAGAUAAAAAUCCUGCAGAUUGCUUGAGCAGAGGAACAAGUCCCUGCGACUUACCAAAUCACCACUUAUGGUGGUCAGGGCCUAAGGAAAUGUCAGAUUGUAAUUAUAAAUUUAAAAAUUGUACUUACCAAUUACCCGAGGACAUUCCUGAAAUUAAAUGUUCACAGAACGAGGCGGUCUGUGCGGCGGUAUCGCUGAGCUCAAAUGGGUCGUCAUUCCUUGAUAAUUUUAUUCACAAAUAUUCUGAUAUUAACAGAAUGAAACGUGUACUUGCAUAUGUCAUUAGAUUUUGUAAUAAUUCUAAACCUAACUCGGCCAAAAUUAAAGAAAACUUUGUUUCCUUUGCUGAGACUAACAAUGCAUUUUCUCUGCUUAUAAAGCACGAACAGCUCAAGUAUUUUUCUAAAGAUUUAAAUGCUUUGCAAAACGGUAUGCAAGUACAAGCUUCUUUAAGAGGGCUUAACCCGUUUAUAGAUGCUCACGGUCUUCUCCGGGUAGGAGGUAGACUGCAACAUUCUGGUUUGCCAUAUAACCAAAUGCAUCAAAUUAUAUUACCUAGGCAAUCUCUAAUUACUUGUAUGAUAAUUGAAAAUGAACAUAACAAGCUUUUGCACGCAAGUCAAAAAUUAAUUUUGUCUAGUUUAAACCAACGUUAUUGGAUUGUCAAUGCUUUACGCUUAAUUAAGAGUGUAAUAUAUAAAUGUACAACAUGCUUUCGUUUCAAGGCUGAAACAGCCAAACAGCUGAUGGGUUCACUCCCUGCGGACAGGGUAACUACUAGUCGACCAUUUAAAAAGGUCGGAAUGGACUUUGCUGGGCCUAUUCUUGUUAAACAAUCCCGUGUUCGAAGUGUCAUUACAACAAAGGCUUACAUAAUUAUCUAUGUGUGUUUUGUAACAAAAGCCUUACACCUAGAACUAGUGUCGGAUCUUACUACCGCCACAUUUUUAGCAAGCUUUAAAAGGUUCAUAGCACGAAGGAAUGUUCCAACAGAAGUCUAUUGCGACAAUGCUAGUACUUACAAAUGUGCAAACUCACAGUUAAAAGAAUUGUACAAAUUUAAUAGCUCAGUAGCUCAUCAGCAACAGGUGCAGAGUGCAGCCUCACAGUUGGGAAUCAAUUUUCAUUUUAUACCCAGCUACUCCCCGGUCUUCGGUGGACUAUGGGAAGCGGGAGUAAAGAGCGUUAAAUACCAUCUAAAGAGAGUAUUAGGUAGUCACAUUCUCACCUAUGAGCAGCUGUACACUGUACUUGUACAGAUAGAAGGCAUAUUAAAUUCUCGACCUAUAACACCAAUGUCUACAGACUGUGAUGAUGUAUCAUAUCUCACUCCUGCUCACUUCUUGACAGGAAGCCCCUUAACUUGUUUACCAGAGCAAGAUAUCUCACAAAAUAAUAUAAACACUUUUAAGUUUUGGGAAAAAUGUACAGCUCUAAAACAACAGUUCUGGAGACAGUGGUCAAAACAAUAUUUAAAUGUAUUACAGAAUAGACCAAAAUGGAAAGAUAACAUGCCAAAUGUAAAGAUAGGCGAUCUUGUCAUUCUGAAAGAAUUGGACACACCCCCCAUGACGUGGCCAAUGGCUAGAGUCACAAAGGUAUUUCCAGGUAGUGAUGGAAAAAUAAGAGCCAUGGAAGUUAAAAAAGCAAAUGGUAAUUAUCACAAAACUUCUAUAACUAAAGUUUGCAUAUUGCCUUUAAAUUAAAUACCUAACAAUUUAAGUAAGUUGUUAUCAGGCUCAGUCUAACUACCUAUUAUUAUUAUUACCUGUGUAUAAGGUUGUCCAGUUCUCGUAGGCCUAGAUGCUUCUCAGGUAACCUAAUUGUGCCUGAGAGGAUGCCAAGAGACUUAGGCUAAGUUAAUUAAUAAGUUUAAUUAAGUUGAAUUGUAAAACUAUUCAUUUUCCUAACUAAAUUAUAGUUAUGUCACUAAGACUGGUUACUUACCAAUUUACGUUUGUAAAAGGAACAAUUCCUAAGUUAUAUAUAAGAGUAAAUAAUCGAAUAAUAACUAUAAGAGCAAAUAAUUGAUUUCACUAUUGCUAGCUGCCUAUGUAACAAGUUCAUAAACUUUAAAUUUAAUUUACUUUACUUAAUUAUAAAUGUAAAAAAUAAAUACUAGAUACUUACAUAGGUACUUACCAGUAAUACUUACCUCAGUGGUUGUAUAACAUAAAAGUUAAAAAGGUUAAGUGAAAAACAAAAAAUAAUUGUAGUUAUGUUUAUUGUAAAAUUACAGUAACUUAUAUACUAGUAAACCAUACUUACAUAAUUGUACUUACCUUCCAAACUUAAGCUAGAUAAAUUAAAAGUACUUAUCUUCUAAACUUAACCUACUUAAACUAAAACUAUAAAUAGAUAAUAUUAUAAAUAAUAAGUUGAAUGUGUAAUUGUAAUAGAUAGUUCAAACUAUUCUUCAUAGCACUGACAAAUGCAAAAGUUAUCGCACACAUUUGAAUCAGUUACCUAUUAAUUAUAUACUUACAGUCCAUUAUCGAAGCAUUAUCUUUUGCCUUGUUGGGAGUUAUGUUGAAAACAUAUAAAUAUAUUUAAGAUUUGUAUUUUAAAUAUGGAAACACUUUUGUAAUUACAUUCAUUCGCGGAGCUUUCGUUCUUCCCUUCUCUCAAUACAACACAAGACAAGA